UAGUGAUGCCUUGGGGCUCCAGGAGGAAGUUUAUCCUUUAUUCAAAACAGAAGAGCGCAAUCAGCCAGCUGUGUUUUCUCACCGUUCUUCCCUCGGAAGUCCUCUUUUUCAUAUCUGCACUGUGAGGAUUGGUGGAACCAACGUGGAGUGAAGUGGAAGAACUGAAAGGCCACAUUGACUGCAGGAUCAAUUGAGUUUGAGUUGGAGGAGAGAGAAACUCAGUCGCUGCUGCUCAGAGGAGAAAAUGGCUCAGGAAGGAGUUCAGCUGGACCAAGAAACCUUCUCUUGUUCCAUCUGUCUGGAUCUACUGAAGGAUCCGGUGACUAUUCCCUGUGGACACAGCUACUGUAUGACAUGUAUUAAUACCCACUGGGAUGGAGAGGACCAGGAGGGAAUCCACAGCUGUCCUCAGUGCAGGAAGACUUUCAGACCGAGGCCUGAUCUGGAGAAAAACACCAUGUUAGCAGCUUUAGUGGAGGAGCUGAAGAAGACUGGACUCCAAGCUGCUCCUGCUGACCACCACUAUGCUGGACCUGAAGAUGUGUCCUGUGAUUUCUGCACUGGGAGGAAGAGGAAGGCUGUCAAGUCCUGUUUGUUCUGUCCAGCGUCUUACUGUGAGAAUCACCUUCAGCCUCACUAUGAUGUACCUCCAUUGAAGAAACACCAGCUGGUGGAGCCCUCCAAGAACCUCCAGGAGAACAUCUGCUCUCGUCAUGAUGAGGUGAAGAAGAUGUUCUGUCGUACUGAUCAGCAGUCUAUCUGUUAUCUCUGCUCUGUGGAGGAACAUAAAGGCCACGACACAGUCUCAGCUGCAGCAGAAAGGACUGAGAGGCAGAAAGAGCUGGAGGUGAGUCGACUGAACAUCCAGCAGAGAAUCCAGGACAGACAGAAAGAUGAAGCUGCUUCAACAGGAGCU